GACACCCAUCUAUAGCCGAAUUCAGAUUCUACCGAACCGAUCGGCUGAUUGCUAAUACUUGUCCCGUUGCAGCCUCGGGGUCGCUCCUUCCCAAAUAGCUCGUUGGGGCGCCAUCCUCCCUCUUCCCCCGCCUUGGUUUAUUUCCCUGCUCUUCCCCUUCUAUAGCUUCUUUGUAUCACGUCCAACCUCAGCACUGUCUGUUUCCGUCGUAUCCGCUGAUACCGAAGAGCAAAUACAACCAAAGGUUGGUCCACUAUGGCAGAUAUCUCACCAUUCUUCACCAGCCCCAUUGCAAUAAUGCAGGAGCCAAGGCCCGAUGCCUCGGGUUAUCUCCUCGGUCGGGUCCCAGUCUCCUCUCAACCAUCACCAACUCGAAGUCCAUGCAGCAAGAAAGAGGAACGCUCUGCCCCUGCCAUCUUCAAACGGACCGAUUCGCGGGACCCUGACGCCUUUCAUAUAUUUCCCAUGGAAGUAGACAAAGACGUUGCCAUGAAGACUCAGCCCCCGGCCUCAAAAGCGACAAGAGGCACCGUGCCUGGCAAGGAAGGGAUCGAGAUCCAUGCGGCGCCUGAGAACACCCCCAAUACGCCGGUUUUCAAAAACAGACACAAUGAUUCUGCCACUACCUGCGGCAAGAAUAGCCGAGAUGUUGCGUCUCCGAAGCUGGAGAACCGAGCGCCCGACCUCUUGCAUGAAAGAUCUGUAACCGAGCAGAAUUGUCCCGGUUCCUCCAACAGCCAAACAUCGUGGAAACCGCCCAAGCCGCCCAAACCGCUAUUCCUCUCAGAUGUUGAUAGCACUCGCUGCAUAUCACGUGAGAAUGUAUCACCUUCCCUAGUUCUUGAAUCACCAGAGCGAAAAUUGGACCAUAUAUGGCCACGGUCAGGUUCUCCAUUCUCCGCUCCCCCGGGCUGCACUAGGUCUCGCAUUCACAUGACCAACCGAUCGAUCUUGCUGCAGGGCAUGAAUUACGAUAUCAGAAAGACGCAGAGAAAACCUUGGACUAACCCGAGGCUGGGACACUGGCGUUGCCUUCCACGAUCCCAACCUGAACAAAGUCCGAGAUCUUGCUUUCCAAAAGAUGACGCAAGUAGACCGUUUCCGAUGGCCUUUUCUCCGGUCGACAGAUCGCCGUUGCGCCAAGACUUCAAGAUCGGUAGACCGCGAUCUGCCAAUGUACACUUCCAGGAAAUCGAUGAUGUCUUCUCUACGCACCCGCAGGAAGAGAAUUCGAAGGGAAAAGCUUUGAGCGACUGCUUUCAGAAAUGGGGUUCCCGGUCGGUGUCACAGGAGCGUGGCUUGAUCACUUUGUCAUUGGUUAGAAAGCGAUCAAUGCAGCAGCCGCUUUCGAAAUUUAAAUAUUCUUUCCACCUGGAAGUCAAUAGGUCGAUCGACUCAGCGGCUGUGGCAAGCAAAGAAGCCCAAAGAUGGAACCCUGCUGGCCCCAACUGUGACACUGCACGUCUCUUGCAGGUCGAUCUCAUUGCUCCGAUGAUACUUUUGCAGAUUCUCGCGCGCCUUAGUAUGGCCCUACGAAGCCUCAUGUCUUCAGAAGCUGCGGCUACUGUGGCAAAGCUAGUGCAGUUUCUCUCAAGACUCGUUAUAGUGCCCCUACUAUACAUAUUAGAGAAAACCGGGAUUAGCAUUGCCAUUCAGGCAGGAAAAGCUGAUACUGUUUAAUGCGCUUAGUUGUCUAGCCCGCAGGGGAGCUAUUAUUUGAUCCAUGGCUUGAGGGAAUGUCAUUCUAGGGCCGAGAAAGAAAGAUUGACAGGGGGAUUCCACUGGGACAUCAUGUUAUGCUAUUGACGAUCAUGAUAUGAUGUAUGCUUAGAUACAGAAUCAUUUCUAUGUGCAUCCGGAGAGAGGCAAAAGAAUGCCCAAACUGAGAACGGCAAAUAUUACACGCAG